UUUGCCUCCUUCUCGUGUAAUGCUUCUAAUGCAAUGCUAAUCAAACAGAUUGCAUUUCUGCUGCUAAGCUGAUGAAAAGGAUGCAGAAACUAGAGGAAAGUAAUGAAACCAUCAUUACAGAAUUCAUCCUUCAUGGCUUUGGAGACCUACGUGAUCUGCAAAUUCCUCUCUUUGUGGUGUUUUUAGUUAUUUACAUCAUGACUAUAGUUGGGAACCUGAUCAUUGUUGUACUAGUUGUGAGAGAUCAGCACCUCCAUACCCCCAUGUAUUUCUUUUUGGGCAAUUUGUCUUGCUUGGAGAUUUGUUACAGCUCAACCAUCCUCCCUAGAAUGCUGGACAGUUUCUUAACUCGGAACCAAACUGUGUCUAUUUAUAGCUGUUUUCUUCAGUUAUGGGCUUUUGCGGUUUUUGCGGCUGUAGAAUGCUACCUCCUGGCAGCAAUGUCUUAUGAUCGCUACUUGGCAAUUUGUCGACCCCUGUACUACUCCACACUUAUGAAUCUCAAGAUUUGCCUUCAGCUUGUUGCUGGAUCUUGGAUCGGCAGCUUCGUGAUAAACACAGCCUCUUUUCUCUUUAUAUCACAGCUAUCCUUUUGUGGCCACAAUGUCAUUGAACAUUUCUUUUGUGAUUUCACUCCAUUGAUUAAUCUGGCCUGCAGUGGCGCACGACAAGUUAAACUGGUAUCAGCCGUUCUGGCUUCUUUUGCCACCCUGCCACCAUUCAUUCUGACCGUAACAUCAUAUGUGUACAUCAUUGCUGCCAUUCUUCGAAUCCCCUCCACCACAGGAAGGCAAAAGGCCUUCUCUACCUGCUCCGCUCACCUCAUUGUGGUGACCAUUUUCUAUGGCACCCUCACCAUUGUGUAUGUUUUGCCAGAUACCAAUGAACUGAAAGAGCUGAACAAAGUGUUCUCUGUUUUUUACACCAUCUUGACACCUUUGGUCAAUCCCCUCAUAUACAGCCUGAGGAACAAAGAGGUGAAAGAAGCCCUGAGAAAGUCAGGCAGCCAAUUUUGUAAUUCACAUAAGAGUGCAUUGACCUCUUGUUUUCAAAUCUUAUGAUGAUGUUUCUAAACAAUUUAAGCACAAGGAGGCUUGAUCAUGUUGAAUUCUAACAUCACUCGGAAUAUUCUCCCUGUAUAGCUAAGGAGGGAUACAGCAGGGUACCAUCUGGAUUGGAGAUUAAUAGUGAAUCUCAUAUAUCACAUUUGGAGCUUUCCAGAGGAACCGCAAUAUAUGAAUUAAUACAGAUGAAAAUUGAUAAUUGAAUUUUGUUCUUGUACAUACACAACUUCCAAGGAAGUUACCAGUAUUUAACUUUCCUUGGUCCUUUCCAGUUCAAUUAUUUUGAAAGUCGAUGUUUGUUUCAAGAUAAAUUGUAAUGAGGAAUGAGAGGGCUUCUUCUUCAAGAAAUUAAAACACUUAAAAGGAUUCUGCUUUUGUUUUGGCUGCAUCGAACGCCUUGGGUACUCCUUCCAGUACCCUCUACAUUUUGGCCAAUGAACAUCAGAGAUGGAUAUCAUGAAUCACAUACAGUAUAACAAAUCAACUUUCUUUUUGCAAUACCUUCUCCUAAUGUUCACACACUUAGUCACACUUAUCACCUACCCCUCUUUUAAUAUUAUCAUCACUCAGUCCUGAAUCACAUUACUCUGUCACAUUCAUUGUAUGUUUCAUACAGUGGCUGGCCAUGUGAUUACAGGCCUUUUCAGUAGCGGACCCCCAUUUGUGGAAUAUUCUGGCCAGGGAAGUGCAUCUGGUUCCAUCAUUGGUGUUUUUUAGGUGCCAGGCUAAGACACUUAUUUUUAAAUGACUGUGACAAUGAUAUAAUCUCUAUGGCUGCAUAGAUAUGGAUAAACUAUAAACAAUAAACAAUAUACUAAUAAAGAAAGGAAUAGGGUACGAUAUAAGAAAGUACCAAAAAAAUGCAGUAAGAAUAAGAUAAGAGUGUAAGUACUUUCAAUAUUGCAAAAGUUAAUUACAUUGGGAAUUGACGGGAAGUUGUUUAUGUUUUUGUUUCUAAUUUGAGUUAAUGUUUAAUUUUUAUAUGAUUUAAUUU